AUGCUUCGUCUUUCAACUCGGUCUGUCUCAGGCCCAGCACGAGGCCAUGUCUGCAUCUCCUGUCUAGCCGUCCGAUCCAGCGCGCCAGCCAAAUUCCGCCAACUACAUACCACACCUCCCACUCUUUCCAAACAUAAGACUGCUAAGACCAGCAAGCAAUGGAAGAAGAACUUUGAGGAUCCGGACGCGAAAUCAAAGCAUCGGAAAUAUGAGCGGAAAGGAAACUCCAAAAAAUCGGAAUCUGACGGGGAUAAAUCGACCAAAAAUCGAGAUGCCGAUGCCGAGGCGACUGAACAAAAUCGACUCGAACAAAUCCAGACUUCUAAUGAGCAGGUUUUGGCCGCAUCGAAUAUCCCCGUGCUCGAAGGAGACACCCCGUCCAUGAGCCCAGCGGCCAAGGCCAGGAGGGAGACUGCUGGAGAAGAUAAGGCACUCCUCAAACACAUUGGGAAAAAUAUCGAGAAUAAGUACACUGGAUCCAUCAACUCAACAAGCCAGCAGGUGAAACCACUUGAUGUCCCCACGGCGCCUGUUCCCGGUCUUUCUUUCGGACUCGAUCGAGUCCUGUUCAACCCUGGUGUCUACCACCUACGGGAUCCUCGUUCUCGCGUCUACAAUUUCGACCCUUAUCUCGGUUCGAUCAUGCCCGUCACCGAAUUCGAUUUCAACACGUUGAAGGAUUAUAUUACGUCUUCUAAGGAUGAUACUCUCCGCGAGGUCGCCGUCAAGGCGAACAAGAAGUAUAUUGGGUCUUCUUCCAGUAUGACCUCGGUCCUGUCCCACUUCCAUUAUCUUCUCUCUGCUUGGAGAGAAAUCGAUGUCCGCACCGUCUCCCAGGGAUUUCCGGAAAAGAUGCGCAGCUUUACUCGCCUGCUUCGAUCACCCGCCGCCAUGUUCCUCCAUUACCAGGAUGGUACUUAUGCAAUUGAUGCAGACAAGGAGUUUGAUUCGGCCAAUAUUCUGAUGAAUCUUGGAAAAUCCAUGGAGAAGCUUCUCACUCUGCCAAAGGAAGAAUUCGAGCGUUAUCGACGCUCGCAUGAGAACAAGAUUUCUGCCGAGGAGGAGGAAUUAAUUCCAGAAGCUUACCACUACUCUACAUACGGGGACUUUGUCAUGCGCUCGCAGCUGGACGCUUACGACCCCCGCCUACCCGGAACCGGCAUGUUCGAUUUGAAGACACGAGCCGUUGUCUCCAUUCGCAUGGACGCAAAGAACUUCGAGCAGGGCCUUGGAUAUGAGAUCAAGGACCGAUACGGAGCUUUUGAGUCCUACGAGCGUGAAUUCUACGACAUGAUCCGCGCCGCUUUCCUCAAAUACUCGCUGCAAGUGCGUAUUGGUCGCAUGGACGGCAUCUUCGUUGCAUUCCACAAUAUUGAGCGCAUUUUCGGAUUCCAGUACGUGAGCUUGCCAGAGAUGGACCAGGCUCUGCACGGCCAGUCUGACACCGCUCUGGGCGACACCGAAUUCCAGCUCAGUCUGGGAAUGUGGAAUGAGGUGUUGAACAAAGCCACAGAGAAGUUCCCCAAACAGUCUCUACGCUUCCAUUUCGAUUCGCGCGACACCGUCACGCCUUUCAUGUAUAUCUUUGUGGAGCCCGUGACCCAAGAUGAGAUCCACGCCAUCCAGAACAAGAACAAGGAUGAGAUCGAGGAGUACCAGAACCGUCUUCUGAACCUUAUCCCGAAGGAGGAGGAAGUUUCGCUCGAGCCUGGUCUCCGAACCCCUGAACCCGAUGUUGUUGAAGAGUCCCAACAGCCAGAGGAAAACGAAGCAGACAUUGCCUCCGGCAUCUACGACUCAUCCCUACCCCGGGACGAAACCUUCAACACUGAACAAACCGAGGCACUCGAGCCAAAGGGUCCCCUGCUUGCAUACUGCCUGACAGCCAAAAACCUCGUCAAUGGCAAGCCUGUGAAGAGGCCAGAGAACUUCACCUCCGCAGAUCUGUGGACUGUCGACUGGGAGUUGAACGAGCUGAGCGAUAAGCAAGGACGACACCUGUACAACAUGUGCCAAACGCGGCGCCGAGGCGAGGAGGAAAUUAAUGAGCAAAACAACUUCUACCUCCGCAAUUUGCAGAAACUCGCACGCCAGGGACGCAAGUACCGCGCGAAGGAGAAUAAGCGCGAUCAAGAAGAGGGUAUUGUGGUGUUGGGUGGUGAGGUGUAA